GAUCAUUACGGUUUCAUGGCUCGUGGUGAGAACAAUGCACGUGAAAAAAAAUUAGCUGGCCCCCUAAGAACAUUAUACACUAGACUAAAGACGGAAAUGGUGCAGCUGGGUAAAUAUAUUACUCAACACCUUUGGGGAUCUUUCUUGGAGGUCCUUGGAAAGACGAUGAGGAAGACUGCGAGAAUCUCCCCCACAGUUCCUGCGUGAACACGCAAGCCAGCAGCCAGCCAGCCAUAACCCCUCCCCUCCCCUCCCCUCCCCUCCCGCCCAUCCCACCCACCCACAAAAUAACUUUGCAGCGUGUCUAAUACACUCCAGGCAGGCCUCAGAACAUCAGCUACUGACUUUGCACAGAAGACAAGAGACUGGGAUUUUUAAAAAAAACAUAAACCAAGCCGGCGGCACUGUGCCGAGGAGCACCCCAGGGCGCCUUUAGGAGUCCCCGCCAUCAUCCCAGGUGGAGAAUACUUCGUGCAAAGCAAGAACAACGCUGAAUUCUGCAGAGCCUCCUCUUCCUCGGAUGGUUGCCUCAUCACCUCCUGGCUCGGAUGCAGGCGACGAGAGAUCGCCAUGGAGACGGACAUCCCGACGGCGUCCAACCAGUCCGUGACAUUCACCUCCGUCUUCAACGCCAGUUGUCGCUUUGACGAGGAGUUCAAGUACGUCCUGUUGCCCGUCUCCUAUACUCUGGUGUUCUUGGUGGGUUUGACGCUCAACGCCGUCGCCCUGUGGACCUUCGUCAAGAUGCGUCCGUGGAACCCCAGCGCCGUCUUGAUGUUCCAUCUGGCCCUCUCGGACCUCCUGUACGUGCUGUCUCUGCCCACGCUCAUCUACUACUACGCCAACCGCAGCCACUGGCCCUUCGGCGUGGCGGCAUGUAAAAUUGUUCGCUUUCUUUUCUACGCCAACCUCUACUGCAGCAUCCUGUUGUUGACCUGCAUCAGCGUGUACCGUUACAUGGGCAUCUGCCACCCCAUCAAGGCGCUCACCCUGGUAAAAUCCCGCCACGCCCACCUGGUCUGCGCUGCCGUGUGGGCGGCGGUGGCCAUUUGCCUCGUGCCCAACCUGAUGUUCGUCACCACAUCGAGGCGGGACAACGACACGCUGUGCCACGACACCACUCGCCAGGAUUCUUUCGAGGAGUAUGUGGACUACAGCUCGGCGGUCAUGGUGCUUCUGUUCGGCGUGCCCUUCCUGGUCAUCGUGGUGUGCUACUGCCUGAUGGCGCGGACCUUGUGCCGACGCAGGCGGGGCUUGUCCGCCAAUCCGGCUUCACGGCAUAAAUCCAUCAAGCUCAUCGUGGUAGUACUGAUCGUGUUCGCUGUCAGCUUCGUGCCCUUCCACAUCACGCGCACCAUCUACUACACCGCCCGCGUCCUGGAUCUGGAUUGCCGCACCCUCAACAUCGUCAACUUCACAUACAAGAUCACCAGGCCGCUCGCCAGCGUCAACAGCUGUAUUGACCCCGUUUUGUACUUCCUGGCCGGUGACCACUACCGCGCCAAGCUGCUCUCCGCUCUGACUGGAAGAAGGCGGUUGACCAGGAGCCAAGCGCACACUCAGACUCCGGUCCACAGGAGCCCAACCAUCGCUCUGGUCUACAAGAGCUUGGAUGCUAAAACCAACAGUGAAGCGCAAAAGCUGUAGAGAGUGAAAUUGUCUUUUUUAGUCUUUUUUUGCACUGAUGGCUAAUUUGUGUGAUUGGCUGGUGACCAAUCCAGGCCCUAGCCUCUCCCAAAAGUCAGCUGGGAUAAGCUCCAGCUCACCUGUGGCCCUAAUGAAGAUAAGCACUAUAGUAAAUGGAUGGAUGGAAGGGCAAAAUGGCAACAUGUAUGGAGUUCAAAGUUAUUAUAGUUAUAGACCCUGUAAAAUGAGUUGAUAGAUUUGUGCAUGUGCAAAGACUGAGAGCUAUGUACUACUCAGGUGUGGAGAUAUAGUAUUAAACUGUUUUUCAUCAUGUCGGUUUUCCUAAAACAGGGCCCAUUGACGCUCCUUGACCCUGACGUGAGUUGAUAUCUAAAAAGUUGACUGCCUUUGUUCAUAUCAGUGGUUAUCCAGCGCAAUUUGCUAGCUAGCUGUGCCUACACCUUGGCUUCCCUUCGCAUAGUCUGCUGGUGUGGCUGCUUUUGCUCGCCACGUUGUUGGCCAUGAGCACACGCAUGUCACAGAGAGAAAGGCAGAAGAGUGAGGGGGAUAUAUAUAUAACGACUCGGUGGGAUAUAUUCCAGCCACCGGAGGCUUUAAGCAGAUAUAUUUUCGAGGCCCCAAAAAAUGUGUAGGCUUUAGAAAGAGGCUUGAUGAAUUAACAUACAUUUUUCCAGGGCGUUGUAGUGGUAUUUGAUUGUCAGUUGAGUGCGACGUGAUUUCACCGUGUUCAACAGGCACACCCACAGCGUUUGUGAGCGGGUUGAUUUUUCAGUUCCUUUUUUGAGAUACUUGAUAACUUUUUUAAUCAUUCAAAUUUGGCUGGGAUGUAAACAACACUCUUCUCUGUCGUGUGUCAAAUUUACAAGACAUGCUUAUUUUCACUUUACAGGGACUUCAACAAAAACUAGCAAAAAUUAUAUUUGCUAAAACAUUUCUGUUACCUGAAAUAAAAUUAAAAACGAGAGCUAAAAAACAACAACUGAAAUUACAUUGUCUGUUCACAAAACAAAUUAAGACAGAUUAUAAUUCUAGCAAAAAUGUCCUUCGUUUUCCCCUUGGUCAAUUUAUUUUAUACUUACUGCAAGCUACUUGAGUUGAUUUAAAUUUGUUUUAACUUGGCCUUGCUGUUUUUUAUGCUAUUUAAUUAUCCAUCCAUCCAUACGUACAUACAAACAUAUGUAUCCAUAUUGUUAAACUAACACCUCUCUGACAAAACACGAAUGUCUUUGGAAAGACAUACUGCAAUCUUUGCAAUGGAACUCGUGUUGCAGCUGUACCUAAUGAUGUGAACAUGUGAACUGCAUAGAGCGCUUGCCGCUUCCGCAACAUGCUCUCAAACACGCACAGCUGCCAGCUGUUUUUGCCUUUCACUUUUGACAUCUGUUCAUUUGCUCUCAAUGAGGUGGGGAGGGCAAGGGGGCGUGGGGGGGGGGGGGGGUACAUCAUAGAGUAUCUGGAACUGGCUGUGCUCCAAACCUCCUACACAGGAUUCCUUUAAUAGCUUUGGGACUUGGAAUUGGUCAGGAAAGCAGUGAUACAACAUUUGUCAGUAUUGGGUCAAUACCUCCAAUGAGAAAACCCACCUACUGUUCCCACUCCCGUCUUAUUUUGGUGCCAUUAAAGUCGAAAAUGUGUAUCGUUGUCGUGGUCUUGGGUGUGUUGUAAUUACGUGACGUGUGCAACCAAUGAACUAUAAUUACCUACCUACCUAUGGCAUUGGUAGAGGAGCUACUGCAAAUUACAAACCUUUAACGUGAGUCAAUACGAGGUAAAGAUUUGUGCACCCAGACUGGAAGUAUGUCAUGAACUCAGACAACAAAGAUGAACGAAACAACUAUACUCAUCAUUAACUACUGUAUGUAGUAUUUCUCCUGCUCAUCUUAAAAAUAAAAAAAAACACCCUUCCCUAUGAAUUAAUGAUUCCUCUCUAAAGGUGAAGAUCUAAAAGGUUUUCGCAUCCAUUGUCUGCAUUCAUUCCGUUUACACCAGCACCAGCUAAAAGGUCAUUUCCCUAACUCUUUGAAAUGCUCUCCUGCAGUAUCAGCUCAGUUGCACCUCAUGGUGGUGUGAUAUGGAAGUACAUCUGUGCCAUCAACGUUUGAAUUUCGAAGAUGUUUUUAAUGGCAAGAAAAAGAAAAAAAGAGAUCAUGUGCUAUUUUUAUGCCGUCUGAAUGAAAAAUUCAUGUGGCGCUGGUAUUUUUGUGCCCUCAGAGUUUGAAUUUGAAUUGAAGACAUUCCAUUUAUAUUGACCUCAGAAUCUUUUAAUAGUACAAAAAAAAAGAGUCAAGUUUUGGACAUUUCAUGCUUUACGAAAAUUCUAUGUUACAAAUUGAAAGACAAACUUAAGAUGGCACUGAUAUUCUUCCAUAAUAUGGAACUGCGCGCCAUAAUAUGGAAGUAUAUCAGUGUAUCAUUUGGUUGUAAGUCAGUAGUCCAUACUUUUUAUGUGUUUGUAAUAUUGUACUCACUCUUAUGCAGCCAAAUAAGUUACGAGUAGAAACAUGCAGAGGAGUAGUGGAGCACUGUACCACUAUAACCACAAUUUUUAUUUAUUUUAAUUAGUAACAAACAUUAUCAAUCCCAAGUGAGACAUUAUUAUCUUUGAGUGUGUGAAAUUGACAGAAUUGCUCACAAUAACGUGACCCAGAAUGUGUAAUUACACAUUAUUACACUGUCACAAAGUUCAUUUUGACUUGAGUGUAAUUGCACAUUAAUAUUUCAUUACAGCGUGUUUUCACAUUAUGAGAUGUAGUUAUUGGUUAUAUCCUGCCUGUAACUGAACAAUGUACUGCAAAUGUAAUAAAAGGACGUUAUUGGUCAGUUGAUGUUGCAGGGAACAAUCACAACACUCCUAAAGUUCUACAUGUUCGGCAAUUGAUUAAUGCUACCUAGAGGGGUUAAAUUAUUUGUCUUGAAUUAACAUUUCCUUUAAAGGCUCCUUUUUGGGAUUCACGUUGGUCCCAAUUAUUUUUAUUUUUUAUUAUUGUAAUUCUGAAUGAAUGAAUUAUUUGUUGCUAGGAUAAUCCAAGAUGCAGUUGUUAUUAAAAAAAAUGUUUUAUUAUACCACAUCUAAUACUUUGUCCGAAUGUAUUAUUACACUGUCAUAUUUAAUUAUCGACAGCAUAUAACUAAUAAGUAUAUUUUCAUAAAGCACUGACACACUAAUGAAACUCAAAGGCUUUUAAUGAUUUUGGACUAUAGAUCUGUAAUUACACAUCUAUAAUUCGUUACAGUGUGUGCGCAUGAUGAGAUGUAUUUAUUGGCUGUGUGCUGCCUUUAAUUAAAUAUUACAAACAUUAAAAUGCUUUUUGGGUCAUUUGCUCUACAUUGCAGGGACCAAUCACAGCUGUCCUAAAAUUCUCAUGAACUGAUUAAUACUAAAUAAAUAAAGAUAAAUGCUCUUUAAUUAGGGUUUUCCUUCCAGGCCGUUUAGAUUCACAUUGGUCUCUUUUAUUCGUAUUUUUGUUAUUAUUAUUAUUAUUCUGCAGCCAGCAAAGCGAAAAGGAUGUGUGUGAUAUUCUCAGAUUUCUGUACUCAAGGACAUGAAGAACUAUUAUCAUCCAAAACUUGAUUCGUGACAUUUACAGGAGAAAAAAAAACAUGUUUCGUUUUUGUAUCCUUGCACAAGUAUGAGAAAAUAAAUUGGCUGUCGGGAA